AUGGAGCAUAACAAUAAUAUAAUUUUCAGUAAUGUUAUUUUUAGAGUUAUUUUAAAAUAUUGUUGGGAAUCUGAUACUAUUUUUUCAUGGUGUCCUUUUUUAAACAAUGAUAAAAUUGACCCUAUUAUUAGUAGCCAUCCACAAUAUAGAGAAGUUCCAAGGCCCACUCCUUUUUAUAACUGGAAAAUGAGUUUAUUAUUUAUCUCUAAAGAUUGUUUUAGAACAAUAGUAAACAACUUUCCAUUUCAAAUAUCGGAUAAUACCUAUUCUCUUCAACCAAAAGAACUUCUAUAUAUAAAUCCCUCCAAUAAUAAUAAUAAUAAUAAUAAUAUUAAUGAUAAUAACAAUAAUAAUAGUAUUAAUAAUAAUAGAACAAAUGUAAACAACAUAAAUAAUAAUAAAUUAAUAAAACUAUAUGAAAAUCAGUUUUUUGAUGUUAUAGAAAAAGAUUAUUUUUAUUUUGAAAAUUUUUUUGAUAUUUUAGGAAAAGAAAAUUUUAAAAAACUGUUCGGAAAUGUAAAGAGAUGUAAAGUGGAUUUUGAUUUUUAUGAACCUAUAGACUUCAAUGUAGAAAUCUUAAAUAGCAUAGGAACCGAAUCGACUGUGUUUAUAUUCUACUUUUCCUUAACAAAAGAAAAAGAAAAUAUAAAAGCAGAACUUUUUGAACCAAUAUCAAAUUUAAACAUAGAAACCAUAGUUAUCAACUAUCCCUGUAGUUCAGAUUACUACGAUCCAACAAUCAAUCGAAUUUAUAAAAUAAUCAAAUACUGUUCAAAGACAAUAAGAAACUUCUAUAUAUUAAAUCAAAAACAUAUCACACAUUUUUUACAUAGUUUAAGGGAUUUAAGCUCAAUAGAAAAGAUUUUUUUAUCAUGUGAAAUUCAAAAUACAUAUGGUGCACCAAUAUUCAAUUUGAAUCCAAGUAAAUCCAUUGGGGAAUACACCUUCCAGGUAUCCGAUGGUGAUGGUGAAUAUGUAGACACAUGCCUUAGUUGGAUAAGUGAAAUAAGCAACCACGUCAAAUCAUUCAACUUUAAUAUCCUAUCUAGGGGUCAUGAACUUGUGGCAUUAGUCCAAAAUUUAAAAGAACUAGAAUCACUGUCUUUUUAUACAAAUACAUUAGAUUUAACAUUUUUCCAAAUUAAUAGCAGCAACGAUACCACCUCCUCAAUAUUUGAUUAUAACUAUGAAUUAGAUCCACUUCCACCAACCAUAAACUCCAAGUAUUAUAGAUUAUAA